AUGGUUGAUGAAGCACUAAGGCGAGAUAUGGCCAACAUAAGCAAGUCACCCUUCAUAGACGAGAUUGAGCAGGCAGAACCUCCACACAAGUUUAGCAUGCCGCACUUCACAUCUUUCAAAGGAGAUGGAGAUCCAAAGAGGCACUUGAAGCACUACCGAAGCGCGAUAGUCCUUUAUCGGAACAAUGAUGCCCUUAUAUGCAAAAUAUUCGCCACCACUCUACAAGGUGAGGCACAAGAUUGGUUUCACACCUUGCCACCACGAUCCAUCCAGAAUUUUGAUGAUCUUUCUUUGAAAAACCCAAAGGAGUCACUCCGCGACUACGUGAAGAGGUUCAAAUUGGAGAAGGCGAAGACCGUCAGAUGUGAUGACUCGAUAGCAAGUGCAGCCUUCCAAAAAGAACUCCCAGCAGACCACUCACUGUUCGGAGAAAUGAUCAUGAAAGAAGACCUAACUUUAGCAGAUUCCUUCGCCCUGGCAGAGAAACAUGCAUUUUGGGACAAGGCUCGACGAGCAGAGAAGGCACCCGAGCAGACUAAAAAAGAGUCGACAAUUGUUCAAAGGAAGGAGGACAAGAAACCGCCUAGCAAAGGCAAGCAGGAGGCCAAGCGCAGGGUCUAA